GUCUAGUGGUGCAAUGCCCGCCCGCUACCGCCCGCCAGUGUUCGGUGGUGUGCAGCACAGUGCAGACGUCGUCGGCGCGACCCACGGACGCGGCCACGGUGCCAGUGCUGCCAGUGCCAGGCCUCCGCAACGCCUCCGCAACGCCCUCGACCGCGCACCUGUUGAGCCGCCCUGCAAGCAAGGCAAGCAGUGCAAGCCGUGCAAGCCAUGCAAGCCAUGCAGGACGAGGUGGUGAUAUCCGGCGUGGGCGGCCACUUCCCGGAGUGUGACAACCUGCAGGAGUACCGCGAGAAGCUGCUGCAGAACCUGCAUCUCAUCAGUGAUGGCGCGGGCGAGCUGCAGCCGAGAUACACCGCCGAGUCGGCUCCUCCCGACCCCAGCGCCACCAUCACCAAGGAGAACAUCAAGAGCGGCAAGAUGCGCUACGGAGACAAGUUCGACAACACCUUCUUCGGCAUGCACUCCAGGCUGGCGGCCGCCACGGACUCCAUCACGCGGCACGUCCUGGAGUCCACCCUGGAGGCCGUCAUCGACGCAGGCUACAGCCCCAAGGACCUGCACGGCACCAACACGGCGGUCUUCAUGGGCUACCACUGCAGCGAGUCGGAGAGCAACUUCAUCCGGGAGUCCGCCGACGGCUUCGGCAUCAUGGGGCUCAACUCGGCCAUGACGGCCAACCGCGUUUCGUACUGGCUGGACCUCAAAGGCACCAGCUUCACGCACAACACGCAGCUCGUGAGCGGCAUGCAGGGCUUGGACAUGGCCUUCCGAGCCCUCAAGAAGGGCGAGUGCGACCGCGCCAUCGUGGGCGCCGCCUCGCUGUCGUACUUGGCCGAGCUGGCGACGCACUACCAAGACUUGGGCUGGCUCAGCGCCUCCGGCAUCUGCAAGCCCUUCGACGAGGCGGCUGACGGCGGCGUGCGCAGUGAGGCCGUGGUGGUGCUGGUGCUGGAGCGCGGCCGCACGGCGCGUCGCGUGUACGCGGAGGUGGUGCACACUGCCUCGGCCCUGUACGCCGAGGUCUCUCGCUCGGAGCUGCCCGACAUCGAGCGUCGCGUCUUGAGCCACCUGCUCAGCACCUUCUACAACGACUGCGGCGUGAACCCGGACCACAUCGCGUACCUGGAGGCCGACGGCUGGGGCGUGGGCGGCGUCGACGUGGCCGAGUUGGGUGCCCUGGACGACGUCAUCGCCCGCCGCCGCACGCGUCCACUGCCCAUCGGCUCCGUGAAGGGCAACAUCGGCCAGACCGAGGCCGCCAGUGGGCUGGCCAGUGUCUGCAAGGUCCUGGUGGCCUUGGAGUCCGGCACGAUCCCCGCCACGCUGAACCACGUCCGCCCCAACCCCAAGAUCGCGAGCAUCUCGCAGGGCCGCAUCAAGGUGGUGACUGACAACACGCCGCUGGCGCCCGGGAUGGUGGCCGUCAACAACCUGGGCCUGGGGGGCAUCGUGGGGCAUGUGCUGCUGAGGCCCAACCCACGCGAGAAGAAGGCGCUGAGCCCGCCCCCCGCCGCCACCGCCGCGGGGGAGGACCCCAUGCCCAAGCUGCUGCUUCUGUCGGGCCGCACCCCCGAGGGCCUGGAGGACGUCAUGAAGUUGGCCGAGAGCAACGCCUCGGACCCGGAGUACGUCCACUUGGUGCACGGCGCGUUCUCCUCGCACAUCUUCGGCCACAUGUACCGCGGCUUCUCCGUCGUCCCCAAGGCCGACGAGGCGCGUCCCGCGCAGAUCAAGUUUUACACCGGCCAGAAGCGCCCCGUGUGGUUCGUGUACUCCGGCAUGGGCAGCCAGUGGGCCGGCAUGGGUGCCGACCUGAUGCGCAUCCCCGUUUUCGCCGCCGCCCUGGAGCGCUGCCACAACGCCUUGGUGCCGCUCGGCCUGGACCUCAAGCACAUCGUCUGCACCAAGGACCCCAAGAUCUUCGACAACAUCCUCCAUUCCUUUGUGGGCAUCGCCGCCGUGCAGAUCGGCCUGACGGACGUGCUGCGCGCCGUGGGCGUGGAGCCCGACGGCAUGAUCGGGCACUCGGUGGGGGAGCUGGGCUGCGCGUACGCCGACGGCUGCAUCACGGUGGAGCAGAUGAUGCUGGCGGCACACGCGCGCGGCCAGGCCUCCAACGAGACCGACCUCAUCCCCGGCAUGAUGGCCGCCGUGGGCCUCGGCUACAAGGACGUCAAGGCCAUGGUCCCCGAGGCCAUCGAGGUCGCCUGCCACAACUCGGCCACCAGCUGCACGCUGUCCGGGCCCGCGGCGGACAUGCACGCCUUCGUGAGCCAGCUCAAGGACAAGGGCAUCUUCGCCCGCGCCGUCAAUGUAAGCAACAUCGCCUACCACAGCCGCUACAUCCAGCCCGCCGCGCCGCGCCUCCUGGAGCUGCUCAAGGGCGUGAUCCUGGAGCCGAAGAAACGCUCGUCGCGGUGGAUCUCGACGUCCGUGCUGCCCGCCCGAGCCGGCGACCACGACGCCCAGUACGCCACGCCGCAGUACUUCACCAACAACCUGCUCAGCUCGGUGUACUUCGAGGAGGGCUGCGAUCAGGUGGACAAGGACGCCCUGGCCAUCGAGAUCGCCCCCCACGGCCUGCUGCAGGCCAUCCUGAAGCGCUCCCUGGACAAGGACGCCGUGAACGUGGCCCUCACCAAGCGGGACGUGCCCGGCACUGGCUUGGUGCUGGAGGCCCUCGGCAACUUGUACAUGGAGGGCCUGAACCCGGACGUGGCCAAGCUGUACCCCCCCGUCACCACACCCGUGAGCAGGGACACCACUCCCUUGUCGCCGCUCGCCACCUGGGACCACCGCGACACCUGGCCCGUCGCCUUCCUCAAGGCCCCCGCCGAGGGAGGCCCGCGCACCGAGAUGCACCUGCCGAUGGCGCUGGCGACCGCCGAGUUCACCCACCUGACAGACUGCACGUGGAACGGGCACGCCCUGCUCAGCCCCGCCACCUGCUUGAGUCUGGUUCUGUCCAUCGUGUCUAGCUACGCGCCGGAGGGCUGCCCCAUCGUCCUGGAAAACGUCGUCUUCUACGAAUCCGAGGUGGUGCCCGAAGAGGGGGUGACGAAGUUCUACGUGUUGGUGCAGCGAGGCAGUGGUCGCUUCGAGGUGAGCGUCGAGGACCGCGUGGCCUGCACGGGCCGCUCUGCUGUCAUAUCGGAGCAGGACGAGCGGCCCUUGGGCCCGCCCGCGGCAGUUCCGACGGAGGACAGGACGCAGUGCGACGGGGACGACGUGUACGAGGAGCUGGGCCGGCGGGGCCUGCUGUGCCGCGGCCCGUACCGCAGCCUGGCAGCGCUGCAGCGGGGCGAGCGCGCGGUGCUGGGGACCGCCUCGUGCCGCGAGGACGACGAGGAGUGCGGCCUCGAGAUGGUCAGGACGCUGCAGCUCGAGACGCUCUUCCAGCUGGUGGCGCUGCAGCAGUCCGAGGGCCGCCACGAGCUGCACGUCCCGAAGCGCAUCCAGAAGAUCGUCAUCGACCCGGCCCAAGUGCUUCCGGCUGGCUCGCAGGACGCGCUGCACUAUGACCUGCAGCGGCGCUCCAUCAGCCUGUGCUCCCCGCGCGGCCGCGUCGACGUGGUGCAGGUGGACACGCAGACCGUGCCGCUGCCGGCCACCUUCCUGCCCAUCCUGGUGCAGACCAGGGCGUUCCUCGCCUACGAAGAGGGCGCGGCCAAGGACUUGGAGCACCUGUGCGCGCUGGCGCUGCAGGUGGCGGCGCUGCAGGUCCGCAGCCCCAUGCAGGUGGCGGCCGUCCCGGCGCCAGGGCGCAGCGCGCUGCACGACGCCGUGGCUCGCGCCGCGCGCCAGCAGCUGCCCGACCUGCAUGUUCGCGUGGCGAGCGUGGCCGACGUGGGGGACAGCGCCGCCCUGGUGCUGAGCGACGCGGCCGGCCUGCGCGCCGCCCUGGACGCCGUGCGCCGCCAACGCGGCCUGCUGCUGGCAGAGCUGCCGCCGGGCUUCUCCCCUCCGGCCGAGCUGCGCCUGCUGCUGAGCGUGGAGCAGGACCGGCGGCGAUACGCGCUGCUCAAGCACGCCGUCGUCGUCAACCUGGACAGCGAGGUGCUGCACGUGGAGGGCGAGCUGCCGCUGGAGCGCCUGUCGCUCUGCCAGGCCGCCGAGGUGUACCUCGUGUUCCGCGGGGUCGCUCAGCAGGCCCUACCGGACAUUGUGAGGACGCUGGCCGCGGCCCCUGGCGGCAGCCGCGCGCAGUGCGUCUUCGUGCAGGACGCCGCCGCGCCGCCCUUCGCCCUGGACGCGCCGCUCUACGCCGCGCAGCUGCGGCUGGGGCUGCGGAUCAACAUGCUGCAGGGCGGCCGCUGGGGCUGGGUGCACCGCCAGCACCUGGCCAACCUGAGCGCCGCCGCCGAGGGCGCCGAGGGCGCCGCGGGCGGGCCGCGCAUGCAGCGCACCAGGCAGCUGCACAUGGACACACUGCAGCUCAAGUGCCUGGGCCUCAACCCGUACAGCGACGUCGCCGAGGACGGGCGCACGGCCGUGGGGCUGCUGGACUACACGGGCGUGCGCGCGGACGGCGUGCGUGUGAUGGGCGUGUGCACGUCGAGCGCGGGGCCGUUGCAGCCCGACGCUAUCCUGGAGUGGCCCGUGCCACCGGGCUGGUCGGACGAGGCCGCGAGCACCGUGCCGCUCGUGUACGCCACGGCCGCGUUCGCGGUCUAUGAACAGCUGCUCGUGCGGCGUGGCGAGCGAGCCCUGGUGGUGGACGGUGCCUCAGCGCUGGGGAACGCCGCCAUCGCACUGCUGCUGCGCGCGGGGUGCCGCGUCGUGGCCACGGUCAAGGACCGCCGCGAGGAGGCCAACCUGCGUGUUCAGUUCCCCAGCGCCUCUCUGGACACGGUUGUCGGCUCCAGCAAGGACUUCGCGCGGGAACUGGCCUGCCGCUUCGGCGCCAAGGCCUGCGUGGACGUGGCGCUGAGCCAGGGCGGCGGCGAUGCCUUCAGAAGCGUCCUCAGCCUCAUGAAGAUGUACGGGCGCGUGCUGCACGUCGGCGCCGGCCUCGCGGAUGUUGGAGGCAGCGUGGGUUUGUCGACCUUCAUUCUGAGCACGUCGGCGUACUCUUUGGCCUGGGACUGGCCGCUCAAGGCGCGCGAGGACACCAAGAGACGCGUGCACGAAGCGGUGCGCGCUGCCAUCAAGGACGGCACCGUGCAGCCCCUGCCCUUCCACACGGCUCCUCCACACUCGCUGGCUGGGUCGCAGAGGCGUGUGGCGGAGGGCGCGGGCAAGGUGGUGCUGGCCUUGUCCUCGCGCGCAGACAGCCGCAGCACCCCGCUGCUGGACGCGGGCCGCAGCUGCCUGGUGAUUGGCCCGGCCGCCAAGGCCGUGUCGCUGGCGGAGUGGCUGUUGUCCAUCGGCGCUCGAGACGUCAGCUUGGCUCCCAGCACGGCGGUUCGCGCGGCCAGCGCGUGGGUAUCGCGUCGCUUGGGGCAGCUCGCCGUGCACUACAGCGCCACGGUGCGCGCGCUGCAGCCCGCGGACCCCCAGCAGCUCGUCAAGGCGGCCGCGCAGCAGUCCCCGCUGGGGCUGGUGCUGGCCCUGGAGCAGCCGGCCGCGCGCGUGCGUGCGCUCGACGUGGCGACGCGCGCGCCGCGCUGCACGCUGGCCGUGCUGGCCGAGGGGGCGCACGACCUGAGCGCGCUCAUCGAAGUGGUGCGCUGUCGCAAGGAGAACGGUCUCCCCGGCGUGCUCGUGUCCAUUGGGGACCUCUCCGCCGACGUGCGCACCGUGCCGCUGGCUGAGGCUCUCCGUUGCGCGAGAGACCCCGUGGUGCACACCGUGGAAGUGAUGCAGAUAGCGGCGGACGCCGGCCAAGCUGGAAGAGAAGACGGCGGCGGGGCGUUGUCGGACCUGCUGCCCGACUCGGUGCAGGCCCUGCGGAGGCUGGGGCAGUCCCUGCAGCGCGACGUCGCCAUGCGCGUGCUGCCGUCCCUCAUCGGCGGCCCCAAGGACCGUCGGAACAAGGAGGUACCACCCGUGUUCUUGGUGGCCGGCCUCGGUGACUCCCCGACCAGUGAGCUGAGCUCCGUUGCCCGCUACAUGUACGCCACCGCCGUGGUGGUGUCACCGCCGCGCAGCGCGUCAUCCGUGGAGGAGGCUGCGGCCGCCGUGGUGGAGGCCGUGGCGCGCGUGCAGCCCAGCGGCCCCUACACGCUGGCCGGCCGCGGCUGGGGCGGCUGCGUCGCCCUGGAGGCCGCCCGAGUCCUGGCGCAGAGCCGGGACAGCUACGUCACCGCCUUCCUGCUGGACGCGUCGACCAACGCCAUGCAGGCCGCCAUCAAGCCGCUGCAGAACCAGCCCAGCGGGCUGCCCACCGCCCUGCUCAAGUACCUCCUCAAGCUGGACCGUGAGGCCGAGGAGCGGGUGUACCGCGCUUCUCCCUGGCCGGCGCAGAUCCGGGAGGCGCUGGGGCACGACGACGCCGUGCUGGAGGCGGCACUCGACUGCGUGCUCCGUCGCGUCCAGGGCCUCAUCGACUACCAGCCCGCGCACCGAGGCCCUGUCGACCCCAAGGUGGCCGUCACCCUCAUCAGCAGCCAGCCCUACCACCUCCAGUCACCCACCAUUACCGAGGUGGUGUCCGAGGUGCACAGCCACGCCCUGCUCCCCUCGAUGGAGGACGCGCUCGCGGUGCCCCGGCAGGCCGGCACGGCCAUCAGCGCGGGCGUGCACGUGGGCCUCAGCAACAUGCGCGAGCGACGCUCACUCGCCUCCCUCUCUGUCAACUUCUAGUGCUCCCUGAACACAGAUUACCUGCUUUUUUCUCA